CCGCCCUAGUUCUUUUCCACUGCAGCCCUGUCAGACGGUGUCAGCUGCACGCUAGAGAAUUUUAUUUGCUUUUUAUUUGUUAACGCAUUUAAAUAUUUUCAACGCAGAACACUCGGAACUGCAUAAUAGAGGAGACGUCGACGGACGGAGCAACGCAAAAAUACUUUAAAUUAACUCACACACACAAAAUUAAAAUUGCUGCAACGGACCAUGAAAACAACUAAUGUCGCAUUGUACGCAUUUCGUUUAACCUUCAGUCAGGCACCGCCGCUGUCCGCGCAGGCCUCGACGCACAGCAGCCAUGCGUUUAGUGGCCGCUCGUCGUCGUCGCCCAAUCGGGUGGUGACCCGCUCCGCAACUAUGUUGGCCGUGUUCGGGAUUGCCCUCUCCUCGUUUAGCCUGAAGCAGCUAUUGGCCAACAAGAACACCAAGCACAAUGCUCUGCGCAAGCUUUAAAGCCAAACAAGACGACAACGUUGACUAGGAGCCAUUUGGAGCCAUGUCCUGUGUAGAUGCCACACAUUCUCAGUUCCCUCAUUCUCAGUUCUCUCAUUCUCAUUCCCAUUCUCAUCGUAGUGUAUAUUUGUUUUAAGUUAAGUCAUCAGCCAAAAAAAAAAUGCACUCACAGAACACAGCACAGAAAGGCAUGGCUCGAGGGAGGGAGAGCAGAAGAGAUGGAAUGGAAUCCUAAACACAAUACAUAUUUUGAGAAGUGUAUCUAUUUAAUAUGUGUAUAUAUUUUCUUGUUCACACACACAGACACACACACACAUGAAUGCAACGGUUGCGCAAUGCCAACAAAAAAGGAAUACAAAUUGUGAUAGUUAAUUGUGUACUAAUGAUCAUAAUGAUGAUGAUACUAAUACUGUUGAAGAUGAUGAUGGAGUUAUAAUUGAAGAGCAUCCUAAGUUGGCGUUAUGUCUCUUUAGUUUUAUAUAUAUGUGUUAACAAGUCGCAAUAUAUACAUAUAUAAAUAUAUGUACAAGAAUAUAUAUAUAUAUAUUUUUAGUUAUUCAAAUUCUAAAUUUAAACAUGCAAAGAAACGACUAAGUUGAAAUUCAUUAUUAUCAUUAUAAUAACAAAAGCAAACGUGGGAUAGUAAAUGUUGCCAAACUAUGGGCUGCAAUUGUGCGCAGCAGUAUCCAACAAAUGUAUUAGUUUUAAUUAAAUCAAAUACGAUUUUAAAUAAAAGCAUUAUCAAAAUUAGUCCUUGUCUGCUUUAAUUCUUAAACUUAUUAUUAUCAUCAGAACACUUUAACUAUAACAGUUUCCAUAUUAAAUACGGCUAAUCUAAUAUUUCACUUAUAAAGCACUUUAUAAAUUACUUUCAUAAAAAGGCACUCUAAUUCGAAAUGAUAUUAAUAAAAAACACAGCCAGACACAGUCAGUUGCUGACGUAAUUAUGA